AUGACUAUCUUUGUUGCUACUCUUUUUCUACCCUAUACCAUCAACUUUGACAUUCCAGCACCUCCUUCUCGUUCCGAGUCUCCUGAACUCCCCAGGCCGCAGUUGACACUCGCUCAGAACACUCCGAGUGAGACUCAGACCGUGAGCCUCUUCACACCCGGUGCAGGCAGCGGCUCCCAUCUCUCCCAGCUCUCUCAAAGUCCUGGACCGAUUCCUCCAACUCCAGGCGCAACCACCGACCACGAGAAGAUCUUCCGACCCUACACUGAGCGAAAAAUAAGCCUGACUCUCCCGAACCUGAAGAAGGAGGCCCCAGUCCCUGUGCGCGCCAUCUCUCGACAUGAUCUUCAUUCUCCAGGUUGGGGUAAGACCUUUGCCUGGAACCAACCUCCGUCGCGCGCCAAGUCCCCUCCCCCGAGUUCAAUUCUGAAGCAUGCAGUGAUCAGUGCCAAAGAUGUUAAGGAAGUCAAAGAAAAGACAAUUGCGGUCGCGAAUACCACUGGACACCGACAUCAUCGUCGCCAGAGAACGAGGACUGUUAGCCACGAACGGCAUUUUUCACAUGACAGUUACACGGUGGAAAAAGCCAUCAUCGGCAACGGAGGGCUGUACAAUGCGAUUGACGCUGCAGUAGAUGCUGGCAUUUGCGAGGAAAAGACUUGGGUCGGAACCCUUGGCUGCCCAGUUGACGCCUUGGACGAGCACUUGAAGGAGAACAUUGCUGAGAAACUGGAAAAUGACUAUGACUGUUUGACUGUCUAUACCAGUGAUAGCGAUCUCAAUGGUCAUUACGAGCACUACUGCAAGACCAUCCUUUGGCCGGUGGUUCACUAUCAGAUUCCAGACCAUCCAAAGAGCAAGGCGUAUGAGGAUCACUCGUGGAUAUUCUACGUCAAGGUCAACGAGGCCUUUGCCGAUCGCAUCGCAAAGAACUGGAAGAAGGGCGAUAUUAUCUGGAUCCACGACUAUCAUCUGCUACUCCUUCCAGGCUUACUACGUCAGAGGCUCCCGGAAGCUCAGAUCGGCUUCUUCCUGCACACGGCAUUCCCUUCGUCAGAAAUCUUCCGUUGCCUCGCCGUACGCGGGGAACUGCUUCAAGGCAUGCUGGGUGCCAACAUGAUUGGGUUCCAGAACGACGAAUAUGGCCAUCACUUCCUCCAGACCUGCAGUCGCCUUCUCAACGUCGAAGCCACCAAACACGGAGUCAUUCUUGAAGACGGUCGAUUUGUCCACGUCAAUACAUACCCUAUUGGUAUUGACCCCAAAGCGAUCGACCUGCAGCGACAAGCAAAAGAAGUCCAAGAGUGGGUGCACACUAUCACCGACAAAUACCGAGACAAGCGGAUCAUCGUGGCGAGGGACAAGUUGGACAGCAUCCGCGGGGUCCGUCAAAAGAUUCUGGCCUACGAGCUGUUCCUGAAUAAGUAUCCCGAAUACAGAGACAAGGUCGUGCUCAUCCAGAUUGCAACCUCCUCUGCCGAAGACCCCGAGCUAAGUGCUACCGUGGCCGACAUUGUCACUCGGGUCAACUCGACCCAUUCGAGCCUGGCUCACCAACCUCUGGUGUUCUUGAAGCAAGACAUUGAUUUCUCUCAAUACAUGGCCUUGCUCACAGUCGCAGAAGGUUUGAUGAUCACCAGCUUGCGCGAAGGCAUGAACUUGACGAGCCAUGAAUGGAUACUCUGCCAAGAUGGCAAAAUUUCCCAGAACAAGUACGGCCCCCUAAUUCUUAGUGAGUUCACUGGAUCUGCGACAGUUUUUGGGCACCAUGCCCUUUUGGUCAACCCAUGGCAUUACAGUUACUGUGCCGACGCCAUCAAGCAAGCUCUGGACAUGUCCCUUGAAGAGCGCGAGAACCGCUGGAAGGCUCUGUACGAUAUUGUCGUACAUCAGAAUGCUAUUGACUGGUUCGAGCACUACAUGAAGGGUUUGGAACAUGCAUGGAAAGAACACACUGUCCGCGACUCUACCGCAGUUCCCCGAUUGUCCUUGUCUGCUGUCAAGUCCAAGUACCAGAAAGCUCAAAAGCGUUUGAUAAUCCUCGACUACGAGGGAACUCUGGCUUCAUGGGGUUCGCCCACGGACAUCAUCUUGACCACGCCCAAGAGGUCGGUCGAUGUGCUGAACGAUCUGAUCGAGGACAAAAAGAAUAUUGUGUACGUCAUGAGCUCCAGAAUGCCCGAAGAGAUGGAACGGCUAUUCAGUCCUGUCAGUGGCCUUGGUAUGAUUGCCGAGAACGGCGCCUUCGUUCUCGAGCCAGGCACAGAUGAGUGGCAGGAGUUGACCAACCUCGAACAUGUUCGAGAGUGGAAGAAGGGGGUGAAGAGUAUUCUUCAAUACUAUGUGGAGAGAAUCGAGGGCAGUCGGGUUGAAGAGCGCCAUGCCUCGUUGAUCUUUGACUACUCAGAAGCAGACGACAGGCAAGGGGCCUUCAAACAGGCGGGCGAGUGCGCUAAUCACAUCAAUGACGCUUGUCGUGGACAGAAUGUCAAUGCGAUCCCCAUUGAAGAUGGACUCAAUAUUUCGGAGAUGGAUGUCAACAAAGGAUCAGCCGCUCAGAUGAUUGGCGACAAUCUGGAAAAGUUGUCUCAGGAGAAGGGCGUGCCGUUCCCCGAUUUCCUGAUGGUCAUUGGCGACUCGCGAGAGGAUGAGUAUGUUUUCAACUGGGCUCGCCGGUUGGAGAAGGCAGAGAAGAUCCGAGAUGUUGUAACGGUGACGUUAGGUGCCAGAAGCACCGAAGCAUCGGCCACGUUGACCCAAGGCGUUACUGGUAAGUUCUGA